GCUGGGGAGAGACAUGUGGACACGUGGCCUCUAUGGCUCCCGCCUGCCAGAUCCUCCGCUGGGCCCUUGCCCUGGGGCUGGGCCUCACGUUCGAGGUCGCGCAUGCUUUCCGGUCUCAAGAUGAGUUCCUGUCCAGUCUGGAGAGCUAUGAGAUCGCCUUCCCCACCCGUGUGGACCACAACGGGGCACUGCUGGCCUUCUCGCCACCUCCUCCCCGGAGGCAGCGCCGGGGCACGGGGGCCACAGCCGAGUCCCGCCUCUUCUACAAGGUGGCCGCACCCAGCACCCACUUCCUGCUGAACCUGACCCGCAACUCCCGUCUACUGGCAGGGCACGUCUCUGUGGAGUACUGGACACGGGAGGGCCUGGCCUGGCAGAGGGCCGCCCGGCCCCACUGCCUCUAUGCCGGCCACCUGCAGGGCCAGGCUGGCAGCUCCCAUGUGGCCAUCAGCACCUGUGGAGGCCUGCAUGGUCUGAUUGUGGCAGACGAGGAGGAGUACCUGAUUGAGCCCCUGCAAGGUGGGCCCAAGGGUCCCCGGGGCCCAGAGGAAAGUGGCCCCCACGUGGUGUACAAGCGUUCCUCUCUGCGUCACCCCCACCUGGACACAGCCUGUGGAGUGAGAGACGAGAAACCAUGGAAAGGGCGGCCAUGGUGGCUGCGCACCCUGAAGCCACCGCCUGCCAGGCCCCUGGGAAAUGAAACAGAGCGCGGUCAGCCAGGCCUGAAGCGAUCGGUGAGCCGAGAGCGCUACGUGGAGACCCUGGUGGUGGCUGACAAGAUGAUGGUGGCCUACCACGGGCGCCGCGACGUGGAGCAGUACGUGCUGGCCAUCAUGAACAUUGUUGCCAAACUUUUCCAGGACUCAAGUCUGGGCAACACCGUUAACAUCCUCGUAACUCGCCUUAUCCUGCUCACAGAGGACCAGCCCACUCUGGAGAUCACGCACCACGCCGGGAAGUCCCUGGACAGCUUCUGUAAGUGGCAGAAAUCCAUCGUGAACUACAGUGGCCACGGCAAUGCCAUUCCGGAGAACGGCAUGGCCAACCAUGACACAGCGGUGCUCAUCACGCGUUACGACAUCUGCAUCUACAAGAACAAGCCCUGCGGCACAUUAGGCCUGGCCCCGGUGGGCGGGAUGUGUGAGCGAGAGAGGAGCUGCAGCAUCAACGAGGACAUUGGCCUGGCCACGGCGUUCACCAUUGCCCACGAGAUUGGGCACACAUUCGGCAUGAACCACGACGGGGUGGGGAACAGCUGCGGGGCCCGUGGCCAGGACCCAGCCAAGCUCAUGGCCGCCCACAUCACCAUGAAGACCAACCCGUUCGUGUGGUCAUCGUGCAGCCGCGACUACAUCACCAGCUUUCUAGACUCAGGCCUGGGACUCUGCCUGAACAACCGGCCCCCCAGACAGGACUUCGUGUACCCAACCGUGGCACCCGGCCAAGCUUACGACGCGGACGAGCAGUGCCGCUUCCAGCAUGGAGUCAAAUCGCGUCAGUGUAAAUACGGGGAGGUCUGCAGCGAGCUGUGGUGUCUGAGCAAGAGCAACCGGUGCAUCACCAACAGCAUCCCGGCCGCCGAGGGCACGCUGUGCCAGACGCACACCAUCGACAAGGGGUGGUGCUACAAGCGGGUGUGUGUCCCCUUCGGGUCGCGGCCAGAGGGCGUGGACGGAGCCUGGGGCCCGUGGACCCCGUGGGGCGACUGCAGCCGGACGUGCGGCGGCGGCGUGUCCUCUUCCAGCCGUCACUGCGACAGCCCCAGGCCAACCAUCGGGGGCAAGUACUGUCUGGGCGAGAGAAGGCGACACCGCUCCUGCAACACCGACGACUGUCCCCCGGGCUCCCAGGACUUCAGGGAAAUGCAGUGCUCUGAAUUUGACAGCGUCCCUUUCCGUGGAAAAUUCUACACGUGGAAGACGUACCGGGGAGGGGGCGUGAAGGCCUGCUCGCUCACGUGCCUAGCGGAGGGCUUCAACUUCUACACGGAGAGGGCAGCCGCCGUGGUAGACGGGACGCCCUGCCGCCCAGACACGGUGGACAUCUGCGUGAGCGGCGAGUGCAAGCACGUGGGCUGUGACCGCGUCCUGGGCUCCGACCUGCGGGAGGACAAAUGCCGAGUGUGCGGAGGUGACGGCAGCGCCUGCGAAACCAUCGAGGGAGUCUUCAGUGCAGCGUCACCCGGGGCCGGGUACGAGGACGUCGUCUGGAUCCCCAAAGGCUCCGUCCACAUUUUCAUCCAAGACCUGAACCUGUCCCUCAGUCACCUGGCCCUGAAGGGGGACCAGGAGUCCCUGCUGCUGGAGGGGCUACCUGGGACCCCCCAGCCCCACCGCCUGCCCCUAGCCGGGACCACCUUUCAACUGCGACAGGGGCCGGACCAGACCCAAAGCCUGGAAGCCCUGGGACCCAUUAAUGCCUCUCUGAUCGUCAUGGUGCUGGCCCGGACCGAGCUGCCUGCCCUCCGCUACCGAUUCAACGCGCCCAUCGCCCGCGAUGCUCUGCCCCCCUACUCCUGGCACUACGCGCCCUGGACCAAGUGCUCUGCCCAGUGUGCGGGGGGUAGCCAGGUGCAGGCAGUGGAGUGCCGCAAUCAGCUGGACAGCUCGGCCGUGGCCCCCCACCAUUGCAGUGCCCACAGCAAGUUGCCCAAGAGGCAGCGCGCCUGCAACACGGAGCCUUGCCCGCCAGACUGGGUUGUAGGGAACUGGUCCCGCUGCAGCCGCAGCUGUGACGCGGGCGUGCGCAGCCGCUCGGUCGUGUGCCAGCGCCGCGUGUCAGCCGCCGAGGAGAAGGCGCUGGACGACAGUGCGUGUCCGCAGCCGCGCCCGCCGGUGCUGGAGGCCUGCCAGGGCCCCGCCUGCCCUCCUGAGUGGGCGGCCCUCGACUGGUCUGAGUGCACCCCCAGCUGCGGGCCGGGCCUCCGCCACCGCGUGGUCCUCUGCAAGAGCGCAGACCACCGCGCCACGCUGCCCCCGGCUCACUGCCCGCCUGCAGCCAAGCCACCGGCCACCAUGCGCUGCAACUUGCGCCGCUGCCCGCCGGCGCGCUGGGUGGCAGGCGAGUGGGGCGAGUGCUCCGCGCCCUGCGGCGUCGGGCAGCAGCAGCGCUCCGUGCGCUGCACCAGCCACACCGGGCAGCCGUCGCAAGAAUGCACGGAGGCCCUGCGGCCGCCCGCCACGCAGCAGUGUGACGCCAAGUGCGACAGCGCGCCCCCCGGGGACAGCCCCGAAGAGUGCAAGGAUGUGAACAAGGUCGCCUACUGUCCCCUGGUGCUGAAAUUCCAGUUCUGCAGCCGAGCCUACUUCCGCCAGAUGUGCUGCAAAACUUGCCAGGGCCACUAG